AGGCGUCGCCAUGGCGUCUGGUCAGCGAGCGUUUGUUCAAAAACUGAACAAACAAGCUAAUGCUGAUGUACGGCGACAAGUGGCAAGCGGUGCUGUAAGCAAGGAAACAUCUCGUGGUGUCCCCACAGCGCAAGGAAAUGCAUGGUGGGAAGUGGUCGAUCCUCCAGACUUCGAAGAGCUUCUCGAACAGCAGCAUUUGUUCCAAAUGUGUGACAGUGCGGGCGACCAGCCACCGCAUACUCUGCAACAGGUUGCCCCAUGCUACUCGCCUGGCGAUGUGCAGCAGUGGUUGAUACAGUUUCCUGUAGAUGACCUCGAAGUUGGUGUGCUUCCUCGGGAGCGGCGCACACUCGAGCCCCUUCUUCCAGACGAGGAUAUAUCUGAGUUGUCAUGGAGCGUGCGGCAAUGCCUCCAAUGCACUACAUCUGACUGGGUGGCGGCCCGAUGCCGCUAUGGAGCUUUGGCUAUGGGUCAGGCUUCACACACACAAGCAGCUGCCACUGCAGCCUUGCUUAGGUCUUCACCCCUUGAGUUUGAACUGGACCUUGAACAGGGAGACCUCGAUCAGUCUUCUACAUCUCUUACUUCUGGAGGAAGCGAUUCCCUACGAGGAAGUUGGGCCAGCAGUGAAUGGGACUUGCGGCAGUGCGAGGCAGACUCCCUACUCUCGAGCCUCGUACAGCAGUUGCAGGGCAAAGCUGCACCCUCUACUGUUCAACCUUCAUGGAUACCGCAAAGGGGAGAUGAAGUGGGUGAGGACGAAGAGGUCGAAAAAGGUGAACGACCGCCGGCUCUGUUUGCCCUUUGCCCGCCCUUGGCACCUCAGGAUCCCCCCCUGGAGAGACGGGCACCACCUGAUGUACCACGAGAGCAGACUCCUCAUCGUCUAUUGGUCCGGUGCCUUGCACUUAAGUUAGAACUUGAGAUUGAGCCAAUUUUUGGUAGCAUGGCUCUAUAUGACGCUAAAGAGAGAAAAAAGGUGUCCGAGAACUUCUAUUUUGAUAUGAACUCUGAGCCACUGAAGAGAAUGCUCACUGGGCAUGUUCCAUACCAAGACAUUUCUACUUUGAGCCGGGCUUGUAUUUUCAACAUCUCUAACCCAUCUACAGAUCUCUUCCUUGUUGUCAGGCUGGAGAAAGUUCUUCAAGGAGACAUGAAUGAAUGUGCAGAGCCGUACAUGAAAGAUGAAAGGAACCGUGAGAAAGUGAGAAGUAGCGCAGUGGCUGCUUGUGAGCGUUUGGGGAGGUAUCGGCAGCCCUUUGCAUGGACAGCAAUCUCUCUGCUCAAUGUGGUUGCUGGCAUUGGAAGUCUGGAGCGAGAAGCAUCAGCCUCCAGCGAUGGAUCAUCCGGGUCGUCAACGGGAACUUUGGGACGCAGAGGUUCUGUGGAACGCAGAAGUGGAUCUGAGAAGCGCAACAGCUGGUCUUUGGAAGACUUCUCUACAGCCUUGGACACAUUUAGACCUGUUACGCUAACAGUGAACAGCUUUUUCAAGCAGGAGGCAGAACGACUGAGGGAAGAAGAUCUCUUCAAGUUCCUGGCAGACUUGAAACGCCCUAGUUCUGCACUGAAACGUUUAAAAUGCAUUCCAGGUGCCCUGCGACUCGACAUCUCCCCCUGCCAGGAAGAAGUGCGCUACAGCUUGAGUCCAGAACUGGCACGUUUAAACCCAUAUCCGGACGAGAAAGGGCGCCCCACCAAGGAGCUUCUGGAGUUCCCCAGUCGAGAACCCCUUCGGCCUCACUACAACUUCCGCAACCUGCUGUACCUGUACCCACGUUCGCUGAACUUUGCCAAUCGUCCGGGUUCAGCCCGCAACAUUGCCUGCCGAGUGCAGCUGCUCUGUGGAGAACAUCCGGACACCUAUUCUCUUCCUGCACUCUUUGGAAAGUCCAGCUGUCCAGAGGUAGUGACCGAAGUGUACACGGCAGUUACUUACCAUAACAAGUCACCUGACUACCAAGAUGAGAUAAAGAUAAAGCUCCCAGCAAAGCUGACUGACCGUCACCACCUGUUCUUCACCUUCUACCAUAUCAGCUGCCAACGCAAAAUGGAGCAUACUCCCACAGAAACACCAAUUGGAUACACAUGGCUUCCGUUGUUCCAUGAAGGACGACUUCGCAGUGGAGAGCAAAGUCUACAAGUUUUACAAGACCCUCCUCCAACAGGCUACUCUUUUCUGAGCCCCAGCGUGCAUUUGCCGAAUGCUCGAUGGGUUGAUGGACAUAGACCUCUCUUUGAAAUCACACUUCUGUCACAGUCAUCGAUCUUCCCACAGGAUCCACACAUAGAACAGUUCCUAGAAAUUUGCGGAGCUCUGGAAGAAGGAGGGAGGCUGCCUACAAGCAGUGGCGCAGAUCCAGAAGCAGAGUUGAGAUCGAGGGCCCUUGCCUUGGAGCUUAGCGCCCCUGGGCCCCUAAUGGGAUUUCUGCCACCCCUACUUGAAUCCCUCUUACGUCUUCUUGCUCAGCCCCCUUGGCCGUGUGCUUCACGUGAUGCCUUUCAUGCCACAGCGGCCCUAGUCCACCGUGUCUCGACACUUUUGUCGGAUGAGGAGGACCAACAUGGGCGAAAUGCUCUUUUGGCCUCAUGGAUUCACUUCCAAUGUGCUCUUCCUCCUGCUACUGAGCUAUAUCCAGCUUUGGGCAGCCCAACAGCUGAAUGCUCCACCGCAACUCUUGGUCGUCUGCCCUCAUCCAACACUACUGUGCGCUGGACAAUGGGACGCAGCAGUAGCCAACCUGAUCUCGUCACAGCCUCUCUUUUGGAGGAAUCUGAAGUGCAGCAGCAACAUGUUGGGGCCUCCCCACAUUCUGGUGGUCGGCCUUUAGACCGCACAGCAAGCAUGAGGCCACAAGGCUGUAUGGCAGCUGGAGGUCAACCAAUGGUCCAGGGACCUGGGACAUGGCGACGUCCUCUGCACGAAGAACUGCUACUCCAGUGGGUAGUAUCAAGUGGGCCGUCGAGGGACCUGGCAUUAGCACAUUCUUGGUUCUUCUUGGAGUUAGUGGUGCAUGCAGCCACUCUACAUCUAGCUGCCACUGGCCGCCUGCACGCACCACGUACUACACGUUUCAGCCAACGGUUUGCCGAUGACAUAGUUACAUUGGUGGGAAGCUUGACAACAGAAGUUGUGGCUCGCAGUUGUACAGAUACUCCUGAAAGUCGUCCUCUUCAACAGUUGAAUGCUAGCCUUUCCUUCUUCUUACGUGACCUUCUGUCGAUAAUGGACCGGGGCUUCGUUUUUCAGCUGAUCAAGUCAUACUGUCAGCAAGUUGGUGCAGCAGUGUGUGCGCUGCCUUCAACCGUCUGUGAAUCUGCAACUCUCCUGUCCUGUCUUAAGUUGGACCUCUUGCGUGUGGUCUGCAGCCAUGAACAUUUUGUAGCCCUCAACUUGGCCCUGGUGAUCCCUCCUAGACCUCCUUCUAUUGCAUUGGAGGGCCCUUGCUCCCCACCAGCCUCCCCUUGUCCAAGUGUUGCUUCAUCUCAAAGUUCAGGGGGUGCAGGAGGCACGCCUUCAACCAGUGGAGGAGUUGCAUCAUGGUUGUGUUCAGAGUUUCGACAACAGCACUUUUUGUUGGGGUUAGUGCUGAGUGAUCUGGCUUCUGCCCUUCAUUCGUGUGUGGGUUCUGUACAAAGCAAGGGCGUGUGGGUUGUACGAAGUCUUCUGGCCUGGCACGAAGGAGACCCUCGUCUGCUCCAGGGUUUACUCCCUCGUGUCGCUUCCUUGUAUUUGCCGCUUAUAACCUUGGUGGUAGAUGCUCUACCUUUACUUCAUGGAUGGACACCUACAACAGGCUGCGGUCAUAACGGAGAACUUGAUCGACAGGAUUCAUCUGCUAUACAGCAGUCUGUUGCUCAAGCUAUAUCAGGGUCGACGGUGCGCAAUUCAUUGCACCCGGAACCUGCAGAGGGAGCACAUGCUCAUGGACGGCAAAGCCAGAUGAAAGAGGAAGCAACCCGGAACCUUCUGUUGUGUCUUGUGUGGGUGCUCAAGCACACAGAGGCACCACUUCUCAAAGGUGUAUGGUCGCAGUGGGGCCCCCAGCGACUUCUGGGGCUUCUUGAUGCUCUCCAUCUGUGUAUUGAUGCCUUUCAGUAUAAGGGUAAGCGGAUCCUUCGGCGCUAUGAUCAACACACAUUGCGGAAGACUUCCGUCAUUAAGUCGCAACUGGAGGAUGCAAUCUUGGGCCACAACAGUGCACGCAGUGAAAUGAUAAGACGGAAAGGAGCAGCAACAGGAAUGGGAAGUGCGCCUGGAUCUGCAGAGCGUACGGUGGCUGGAUCAUCGCAGACAUCUGCUCAAGGGGAGCAGCAGCGGUUACGGUGGCGCAAAGACCAGACACAAUGGAACAGGAACUUUGGAGAUUCAUCUGACAGAAGUAAAAUAGAGAAAGAAGCUCAUACUGAGGGUCACCUUGCAACUGAAGUGACCACAGUGAUUCUGAAUACACUUGACCUUAUGGUUCAGGUAUGUAGUGGAAGUGAACAACACCAAGGUGCGUUGGGAGGGGUGCUACGGGUAUUACUCCACUCUCUCGAUCGCCACCAGAGUACCCAGGCUCUGCAAGGUUUAUUCGCUGCCCAACGAGCACUCGUUGCAAAGUUUCCUGAACUGCUGUUUGAAGAAGAGGCUGAACAAUGUGGAGACCUCUGUCUUCUGCUGCUGCGCCACUGUAGUUCCCGCCUAAGUGUCGUCCGAUCACAGGCAGCCGCCUCUCUUUAUCUUCUUAUGCGACACAACUUUGAGAUGGGAAAUAAUUUCUCACGAGUGAAGAUGCAAGUAACCAUGUCAUUGAGCUCUUUGGUGGGGCGUAGCCAAGUCUGCAAUGAGGACUGCUUGCGCAGGGCACUCAAAACUGUUCUGCUCUAUGCAGAACAGGAUCUUGACCUCAGGGACACCACUUUUCCAGAGCAGGUGCAAGAUCUGGUCUUCAACCUUCACAUGAUACUGUGUGACACAGUGAAGAUGAAAGAAUUCCAGGAAGAUCCAGAGAUGCUGUUGGAUCUCAUGUUCAGAAUUGCCAAGGGCUACCAGAACUCCCCUGAUCUGCGUCUCACGUGGUUGGCAAAUAUGGCACAGAAGCACACUCAGCGUGGCCAGCAUGCAGAGGCUGCACUAUGUUUGGUUCAUUCUGCAGCGCUGGUGGCAGAGUACCUUCAUAUGCUAGAAGAUCGUCCACAUUUGCCCAUUGGAUGUGUUGCAUUCCAGCGUAUCUCUGAAAAUGUCCUUGAGGAGAGCGCAGUGUCGGAUGAUGUCCUGUCACCAGAUGAAGAGGGCACUUGUUCUGGGAAAUACUUUUCUGAGAAUGGCUUGGUGGGGUUACUUGAGCAGGCUGCUAAUUGUUUUACCUUGGCUGGCUUAUACGAGGCUACCAACGAAGUCUACAAGGUUCUCAUUCCCAUAGCGGAGGCACAAAGAGAUUAUAAGAAGCUGGCUAACAUCCACAGCAAGCUCUAUCAGGUGUUUGCUAAGAUUGACCAACAGUCAGGAAAGCGUGUAUUUGGUACAUACUUUCGGGUGAGCUUCUACGGUGCAAAAUUUGGGGACCUUGAUAGUGAAGAAUUCGUCUACAAGGAACCUACGCUGACCAAGCUGCCUGAGAUAUCCCAUCGACUUGAGAACUUCUAUUCUGAGAGGUUUGGAAGCGAGUUUGUAGAGAUUAUUAAGGAUUCCAACAUGGUAGAUGUCUCGCGCUUGCAUCCGGAAAAGGCAUACAUACAAAUAACAUAUGUGGAACCUUACUUUGACAUGUAUGAGCUGCAAGAGAGAGUUACAUCCUUUGAAAAGAACUACAAUAUCAAGCGGUUUAUAUAUGCAACACCCUUCACCUUGGACGGUCGCGCCCAUGGAGAACUACAUGAGCAGUACAAACGCAAGACGAUAGUGACUACAGCCAAUGCAUUCCCUUACAUCAAGACUCGGAUCCAGGUUGUUGAGCGACAACAGGUGGUCUUAACACCUAUUGAAGUGGCAAUAGAAGACAUUCAAAAGAAGACUGCUGAGCUUGCGCAGGCUACGCAGCAAGAGCCGUCUGAUCCAAAAAUCUUGCAGAUGGUGCUCCAAGGCUGCAUUGGGACAACUGUGAACCAGGGCCCAGCAGAGGUAGCAAAAGUUUUCUUGUUAGACCUGGCACAUGGUACCAAAGCACCAACACAACUUCAGAAUCGGUUGCGCCUCAGCUUUAAAGACUUCUGCCGCAAGUGCAAUGAUGCACUACGCAAGAAUAAAGCUCUGAUUGGUGCAGACCAGCGGGACUACCAGAAGGAGCUGGAUCGCAACUACCACAGCCUGACACAGCGACUUCAACCGAUGAUACGUAACAAUGGAUUUCCUCCCCUCUCAAUAAGCUAUACAUAACUUAUUCUCGAACAGUCACAAGCAAUUGCCAGUAGCCUUGGGGCCUUCCAUAUAGUGGCUCUGUAGUACGGGUAAUGUUUGAUCUGAUGAGUGCAUUUCUCCUGGCUAAAGGUAGCACCCUUGUGCAUAAUGGAUGCAUUUUCCAGGAGCGGAAUUUUUUGUAUGCUCUCUUCUAUACUGAGCUGCACUGGCACUCACCAAUUGACUGAGCAGCCUCGAUCUCACACUUUGACCAGUGUUUUUGUCAUUCAUUGUGAUAAGAAAUUAUAUUGGUACAGUCAACCCUCGAUUUAUGAACGGUUAUCGUCCCUGCAAAAAUUGUUCGUAAAUCGAGGGAUUCGCCACUAUAGGUAGGGUUUGGAAUGAGGAAGGGGAAGUGUUUUGUCCCAGAGAGCACUGUUCACAAAGCGAGCGAAUUUGUAAGUUGGGUUGACUGUCUCUUUAUCUUCUGCUACAAGGUGGGCAGAUUCACUUCCACGAAAGCUUUAAGGUGCCAUAGUACGCCUUCUAGUUGGCCAUUCACUUUAUUCCAAUACUUAAUACAUACAUAUAUCAUUUUUAAUAUACAGUCAAACUUCUUUAGAGCGAACGCCUUUUUAACGAACAGAUUUUUUUCGCGGUCACGUCAGAGCCCCAUGGGACACGGUGUACAACCUCUUUAACAAAGUGACCUUCACUACAAAUUUCUUUCGCGGUCCCCUGAGUUUCGUUGUGAAGGAGUUCGACUGUACUGUAUUUUCCUGAAUCUAAGACGGCGCUGGAGUUCAGGGUACAUGAAUUUGGAGAAAAGUAAACAGAGAUUGGGAGACAUUAUAACAGUUCGAAACGAUGCACAAUACCAUUUAUUCAUCACCACUUUCUUCGCCGCUGUUUUCUUUGUCGCUGUCUCCCCACAGUUCGUUGUGCUCCAUUCCGUUCAAAGCGUUAGACAAACCAUACUUUUUAAAAGCGUGCAUGACAACGUCGUCAACGUCGUUUGUUCUGUGCUGACUGGCGCCGACAACCACAACGCGAGGUAUCAUUUCGCACCGCGCUAUUGGCUCAAUCCCGUUGCCCGUUCCCACCUCACCCCUGACCUCGCUUUGGCGCGGAUAUUCGAAUCUAAUAGGACCCCCGACUUUGGAAUACGGGAUUUUGGAAAAAAAGGUUGUCUUAGAUUCGAGAAAAUACGGUAGGUCUCAUGACUGGGUGCUGAAAGAGAUAGAUGUUUUAUAAAAUACUGAUGUUUUAUACAUGUACUACUUUGUACUGCUUAGAGAUAUGCGUAACUAUAUUGUAAAGCUUAGGAGUGCGAACCAAAAUAAACAUACUGUCAUCAUU